GAAUGUUGAACAUUAUUUUAUUACUUUUUUUUUUACACACACAAAAAAAAACGUUUACAUAAGAACAACUUACACACACAAUCAUACACCGACUACAUCUCAUCUUCCCAGACCAGCAUGCUCACAGCCCAUCCCUAGUGCCUGCAUUAUUGUUUGCCACUUGGCCUUAAAUUGUCCCAAUUUGUUUUUCAUGGUAUUUCAAUAAUUAAUCAUUAGAUUUUUCUAUUGUGUCAAUGAUGGCGGAUUGAUUGACUUCCAAGUUUGUAGUAUACCUUUUUUUCGUGAUGAGAAUCGUCCAGCCCAUUGGUUAUCUCACUACACCCUCAUAUGCCAUGUCUUGAAAUAUGCAGACAGACGGAUUAAAAGUACAUUUACAUUGUAAUAAUAGACAGCCAAUUUUCUAGUUUCGCCCACAAUUUCCGGCCUUUUGUAGCAUUCCCAGAAAGCAUGGAUUAAUUGCGUUCAUAUAUUUUAUCGGCAUGCUUCUUGUACUUGAUUUAAUAUUUUUUUAGUAUGUUAUUUACAAUGUUACUUAUUUUAUUACUAUGACACCAUUGCACUGUGUGAGAAGUCUGCAAGGCCAUGACAAUACAAUUAGAUUUGACUGGGAUUUGAUUUGUAGUCACUAGUGUCGCUGACCCGGAGAACGGCGGGCCAUGGGCGGUUGGGCUGCGUGAGGAAAACGGCACGGUGAACGCGAGCUAUGUACUAUGACACCGUUGGCACUGUGUGAGACGUUUUCUUUUCUAACGGAGAUGUACAUUUGAAUCACCUGUAGUGUACAGCAGCAGUCAUGUUCCAAACAACUGGAAACUCAGAAGAAGAAAAAAAUAAUACGAGGUCAAAUAAUGACGUCAGUGACCUUCAGAUCGGAGCUCCUGAAAUGUUCCGAGUUCACAAGUUGGAUGACCUUUCAAAUCGAUUUUUCCCAGUUUUGAGCGCACUGAAGUCGGGAGAUGUAUCCAAAUCCGAGUUCCCAGUUGUUUUGAGCGCACUGAAGUCGGGAGAUUUAUCCAAAUCCGAGUUCCCAGUUGAACGCGGCAAAAGGCUUGUGGGUAGCUGGUGCUUCAGAGGGUAGCUACCAGAUAGCUUAGAAAAACGAAUUGGUUGUGUAAUUUAUAAUGCAUUUUGUUUUUGUUCGGUACAAACUUGCUCCCAAUUUAAGAAGAAAUACCCGUAGACGUUCGUUCUCCAUUUUUGAAUUGGAGAUCUCAUGCUGGUAACGCUAGUCUGCUGUCGUCUUUUCCACUGCCCUGAAAAUCUCAUCAAACACUGUUGUUUAAUCGUUUCUGAUGCUCCUCUGCUACCUUCUUUCCCACUGUCCCAAAUAACUCAACAGCUACUGCUGUUAAUCGCUCGGUAAUAAACACAUUCAACAGCUGUACUAUAGACAUUUUGGACAAAGUACACUUCAGAUGCUCAUAAACAAAAUCAACUGAAGGUAGUCGUAUUGACCGCGGGCGCAGAGAAUCACUUCCGGGACAAGUUUUUUGGUAUUGCCCUUCAAAAUAGAAAAUAUUGAUGUAUUCAAUACAUAUGCGAAAAUAUAGUAAUUAUUAAGAAAAUAAUUAAUAAUAUUGUUAUGUACAAAUUCCCUUUUUAUGUUUAACGCUUUUUGAUUACAAAGAGUGACGUGUUUUGGUCUUCCACCAAAACUUCCCGACUGAAUUGUAACGUAUUUUAAAAUGGCGUUACCCGCUGUCACUCGUGCGGUCUUUGCUAAUAGGAAUCAAAUAAAGCAAUUUAUGUCAGAGGGCUCCCGCAACCUGUCUUUAGGUAGUCGAGUUCAUGCGAGGACACAGUCAUUGAAAUGUCUGAAAUGGACGACUUCUCAAUCGAAUGCUGUCCAUGCUACUGUGCACGGAAGGUCACCGCUAUACCGCAGCUGCGAAAGCAAUGGCGAUGAAAAUAGUCGCGCUACUAGUAACUGGACUUAUACAAUGGGGAGUGUAAUUGCGUUCUCUCUCUUCAGCAAAGCUGAGGAGGACACCAGAACUGAUGCCCAGAAGAAAGAAGAUGAGAUUAUUUUACUUUUGAAGAGAGCCAAGCUCAGUAUGAUGCGGGGGCAGUUGCAUGGAGCCAAUGGAUUCCUCCACCAGGCCAUCGCGUUGGCCCACCAGUCUAACAAUACACAAGCUAUCAUCUACACCUACAGCUUGAUGGCGAACCUUGCCUAUGUCCAAGGUCAUCUGGAUAAUGCAGAGAAACUGUUCAAAGUGGCCAUGAGUUUCAUGUUGUCCGGAGGAACACCACAGGAUGACAAUGGGGUCAUUGAGAUGUCCUUGAAGCUCGCUACCAUAUAUGCCGGCCAGGAGAAGAAUGACUUGGCAAAGAUGGGUUUCCAGUUUUGCACUGAAUCCCUUGAAGCCAAGUUGGAGAAAUUCAAUGAACUUCCUGCUGAGGAGCAAUCGGAGGAGUUGCGGAAGGAGACCCGGCUCCUGCUGGGCCUGACCCUGGACUCCCACGCCCGCUACAUGGUCGCUAUACACCGCCUGAGCCAGGCGGUGGUGGACUACAAGCAAGCCUUGCUGAUCUGUCAGGAAGAGCAGGGACAGACCCACCCACAGUCCUUGGUGCUGAUGAGUGACCUGGCCACCAUCCUGGACAUGCAGGGUCGCCACGACGAGGCUCUGCCCCUGGUGAAGCAGGCUGUGGAGCUGAGCAGAGAAGCCGGCCACCCUGACCAACAUGUGCUGCUGGGAAACAUGGCAGGCAUCCUACUGCACAAUGAUCUUUUUGAGGAGUCUGUGAAGGUGUACAAGGAGGCCCUGGCUCUGGCCCAGUCUGCAGGAGAUGAAGAAGCAGUGGAGCAGAUACAGGAGGGACUGAAAGAGGUGGGCAACAGGAGGAAAGCACAGAAGGCAGAAGCAGCCAAGAAUAAGACGGACUGACCAGUUGGAUCAACUAAACUAAUCUUAUUAACACAACCCCAAGCAAUCUCUCUGAACUCGUCUGUGCUGAAGGGAUCGGAGUGGUCAGUGUUAGCACCAGUUAUGGAGUACAGGGCAUUUAGCUCAGAAAGAGAAGAACAAACACAAUAACACUGUCACAUUACAACAGAUGUCUUGGAACAGUUUCUUACAAUGGGCAAUUAACAAUUUCGUCUGUAUUGUGGUCUGUUUGUUGUCAGAUUGGCUUAAGAUGUAAGGGGAACACCUCAGGGCUUAAUUAAGUCGAUGGCCAGAAUUCAAUCCAAGGUGUGUUGUCGACAAGCGUAAUUGUACUUGACUUUUAAAUUAUGACUUUAUAUUUACUUUUGUGCUGGCAUCUUCAGAGUUUGUCAUGAAUGCGAUCUCUCCACGAACGUCGAGGGGAAAUGCCUUUUUACAAAGGCACAUUGUCGACAAUGUGUCUUGUUUGAAUUCCAUCCUGAAUGAUGGUGCCUUAGUCUGAUGACUUGCCAUUGCUAUCUGAAUCACUAUAAAUGAAACUAAGAUAUGUAAAUGUUUGUAUAUACAAAAUGUUUUAUGGGCUAGAAUGUGACAUAGGACUUAACUGGCAGCUUCAAGAGUGAAAGGCCUAAUCAAUAACCUUUGUGUGAACAGAGAUGUAUCAUAAUAAAAACUCUGAGAUGGUA